AUCCACCCAACUCCCUCGACAGACACACACAAACUUUUGUUUUAGCAUUUUUACUGUAGGUUGUAACAAGUCUAAUUGUAUUAUAAAAACAUGGACUGAAUAGAGAGAACAAAAGUUCCAAUAAUUAUUUUUUGUAAGGUCUUUUACAUAAAAAAAAACAACAACUCGUUUAUGUCUUGUAUUUAUACUUGUAGAUUUGAAACGUGUUUCCGAGAUAUGCCAAGCUAAAUGAUGAUGCAUGUGUGUGUUCUAUUUGUAUUUGUUUAGUUUAAAACGUUGUUGGUAACAGAGGUCAGACAUUGUUGUGUUGAUGCAGACAAACGGAAGUGUUGGGGAUCAUUCCUUGUGACUACGGACGAGGACGUACUCAGCACUACAAGACUAUACUCACAGCUACACAGUAUGGAUAACGUCAUGGUAUAACUUCAAUGAAUAUUGCACACUUACUGAGUUGAUGAAUUGAAAAUUUAAAGGCCGAUCUGUUUGGAUUCUUAUUCUUAUCCCAUAGAUGCUAUGGGAGAAAUUAUUCAAGCACCUCUGUUCUUCUCUCAGAGACUUUACUUAGCCUGCCUUGCUUUCCUCGGUGUUCUAAUGGUGACAGUCAAUCGUGUCAACAUGUCAGUGGCGAUCUUAUGUAUGGUGCGCAUUGAUACAACCAAUUCCUCGCUGGACACCAGAAUGCAGAACAGCACGAGUAGCUGUAGGGGUGACGUCAUCUCAGCGUCCACCUCACAGAUCAGUAGUAGACCUGAGUUUGACUGGGAUAAACAGGCGAGGUCUCAAAUUUUGUCUAUGUACUUCUAUGGAUAUAUUUGCACCCAACUGCUGGGUGGCUGGCUAGCUUCACGAUAUGGAGGCAUCAAAGUUUGGGGUGUGAGUAUGUUAAUUUGUGGAGUGUCUGCAGUUCUCACGCCAUUGUGUGCCAGGACUCACAUUUAUCUGGUGUAUGCUGCUAGAGUUGUAAUCGGCAUGUCUACUGGUGUGACGUUCCCCAGUAUACAAGCUAUACUAGGUCAUUGGGCACCUGAAUAUGAAAAGAGUAAACUAUCAGCUUUAAUUUAUACAGGUUUACCAUUCGGAAGCAUUGUGACAUUCUCCAUAUCAGGUGUCUUGUGCAAAUAUGGAUUUGACAACGGAUGGGGAUCUAUCUUUUACUUGUCUGGGUUGUUCACGUUCAUCUGGGCAGUGGCAUGGUUUACUCUGACUGCUGAAACACCAGCCCAACUUCGGUGGAUAUCUGACAGAGAAAGAAACUUUAUAGAAACCAGCAUUGGUAAAAGUGGAGCUAUACAGCUUGGACCCAUUCCUUGGCUCUCCAUUCUAAAGUCAAGCCCGUUUUGGGCUAUCGUUGUAGCGCAUUUCUUCAGUGCUUAUGUUUUCUACACUCUGGUCAUUUUGCUGCCUACGUUCUUAAAAGAAAGUUUAAACUUUGACAUUAGUCAGAAUGGCUUGCUCUCUUCAGUACCUUUUCUCAGUGAGUUUGUGACUUCUCUAUUUGUUGGUUAUUUAGCUGAUACAUUUCGAAUCAAGGGAUGGAUGUCCACUACAAUGGUCAGAAAAACUUUCCAGGUUUUUGCAUUUGUAGCACCGGCUAUCUCCAUGGCUUGUGUUGGUCAAGUAACAUGUGAAUAUCGUCACUUGGCAGUUGUGUUGAUAUGCAUCACGUCUGCUUGUACUAGCUUUAGCAAAGCUGGCUUUUUGGUGAAUUCUCUGGAUUUAGCACCAAGGUAUGCAGGUAUAUUGUUUGGAAUUCAUAACACAUUCGCCACAGUAGCCGGAAUGAUUACACCAGUCAUCGCCGGAGUUUUGACCCCGAAUAGAACAACAGAAGAAUGGGGCAAUGUGUUCUACGUUUGUUCUGCCGGCUCAGUUGUAGGCGCCAUUCUUUACUGGUUUCUGGGUGAUGGGGAGUUACAGGAAUGGGCAGUGCCUAGUACAUCAACAUUCAAAAACGACAUUCUAACUGGACACACGAAUGUGGCGUUCAAGACUUCUGAAACUCAGUUGAACACACUUGAAAUGAAUAUGAGGGAUAAGUCAGACAUUAAAUCGUUGCCUUUUUAAGUAUUGGUAUAUGCAUAGGAUAUAGAACAAUUAUUUCUAAUUUUGCACGCAUAAAUAAAUUACUCAUUGUGUACAUGUCUGUAUUUUAUUUUGAAAAAAUAUUUAAAUUUUUUUAUAUGCAAAUAUGGGCUUUUUAAAGGUACAUAAAAUUCUCUACAAUGCAUUUAAAAAUCAAGAAUAAAACACAACAGCCAUU